UGCGGCCGCUCCGGCCCCGACCCCGGCCCUCGGCGGCGGCGGCGCGCACCUGCUGGCGGGGCUCCCCUUCCCGGUGGCCGCUGCCUGGUUCCGGAGCGCCGCCGAGGACCCGCGGCCCGACCCGGACGAGCCCCGGGAGCCGCGCCGAGGACUCGAGGCCCAGCCUGGAGCCCCCCGCGAGGCCGGCGUCGGCCGGGAAGAAAAGAGAGACUGCGGCGGUGCUUUUCGUGUGCUGGGAGGGCGCGGGCCCGGCGCGGUUCGCGGCCCCCGAGCCGUCCCGAACGCUGGACCUCGGGUGGGGGGUGGGAGGGCGGCUGGAAGGCGCUAAGAUGGCGCUGGGCCUGGCCCGUCGCCAGGGCUGGUGGCGCAGUUGCUCGACGGGCGCCAUUUUCCCUCGCGGCGCGGGCGGCGCCUUCCGCGGACGCCGCGCCAGCCGAGGCGCCGCGAAGCCUGGGUCGAGGGGGAGCCGCGAGCGGGCGGCUGCGUUCUGUAGAUGGAGUUGGGGCUGCGGGGGUCUUCCCCUUUCUCGCGGCCCCCAGACUCAAAAAGGCGAGGCCGCCGGCUUGGAGAGGUUGGGAGCUGGGGCCGGCGUCUGGGUCCUCCCGCCAUGUCCCUGGGGCAGCAGGUGGGCCGGGGUCGGGCCUCGCGGGCCAUGGGGGCCCUCCCUGGCGCCGCACCCCCUGCUACCCGAUGGCGGUGAGGCCGUCCUGGCGUCUUCUCUCCUACGACCUGAAGCCGGACGGCUCUGUCCUCCCUGGCUGGGCCGGGGACGGAGCCCUGGGUGUUUUCUUCAUCCUCUUCCAGUUGUUGAGAACGGAGUCAAACCAGGAUAACAAAAAUUGCAGGAAAAGAGUCGAGGACAGUGUCUGCUCGCCCUCCAGUGACGUGGUUCUCCGUGGAUCCCAUAUUUCGUUUGGUUGUAUUUGUCCUGGGAAACCCUGGAGAGACAUUUAUCUGGUUGUCAGGUUGUGGGCGAUUACAGUGAUUGGAAACUGGGUUGCCUAGUAGUAGGUGAUAAGGGUUUUUUAGAACUCUGAUCUGCAAAAGUAAACUCUCUUUAAAGCACCCCUUCUUUCCCUUUCUAAAAAGCAGCCCUGCACUGUUUGCAUAAAAGCAUCCGUUUGUCAUGGAUGAUGAUGAUGACUCGUGUCUCCUUGAUCUUAUUGGAGACCCACAAGCUUUGAACUAUUUUCUACAUGGACCGAGUAAUAAAUCUAGCAGCGAUGACUUGACUAACGCAGGAUACUCUGCAGCCAAUUCAAAUUCAAUAUUCGCCAACUCUAGUAAUGCUGACCCUAAGUCGUCCCUCAAAGGUGUGAGCAACCAGCUCGGAGAAGGGCCCAGUGAUGGACUGCCACUGUCAAGUAGCCUUCAGUUUCUCGAAGAUGAACUUGAGUCUUCUCCGCUUCCUGAUCUCAGUGAGGACCAACCUUUCGACAUUCUGCAGAAGUCCCUGCAGGAGGCCAAUAUCACUGAACAGACGCUGGCGGAAGAGGCAUACUUGGAUGCCAGUAUAGGCGCAAGCCAGCAGUUUGCACAAGCUCAGCUUCAUCCUUCUUCAUCAGCAUCCUUUACUCAGGCUUCUAAUGUUUCUAAUUACUCAGGUCAGACGCUGCAGCCUAUAGGAGUGACUCACGUGCCUGUUGGAGCAUCGUUUGCAAGCAAUACAGUGGGUGUGCAACAUGGCUUUAUGCAACACGUGGGGAUCAGUGUUCCCAGCCAGCAUUUGUCUAAUAGCAGUCAGAUUAGCGGUUCUGGUCAAAUACAGUUAAUCGGGUCGUUUGCUAAUCAACCUUCCAUGAUGACUAUUAAUAACCUAGAUGGAUCUCAAAUCAUAUUAAAGGGCAGUGGGCAGCAGGCCCCCUCCAAUGUGAGUGGUGGGCUUCUGGUUCAUAGACAGACUCCUAAUGGCAACUCCUUGUUUGGGAACUCGAGUUCCAGUCCAGUAGCACAGCCUGUUACCGUUCCAUUUAACAGCACAAAUUUUCAAACAUCUUUACCUGUGCAUAACAUCAUCAUACAAAGGGGUCUUGCACCAAACUCGAAUAAAGUCCCAGUUAACAUCCAGCCAAAGCCGAUCCAGAUGGGCCAGCAAAACACAUACAACGUGAACAAUCUGGGAAUUCAGCAGCACCACGUACAACAGGGCAUCUCUUUCGCCUCCGCAAGCUCACCGCAGGGCUCGGGGGUCGGUCCCCACAUGGCUGUGAACAUCGUCAACCAACAGAACACGAGAAAGCCCGUCACCUCACAGGCCGUGAGCAGCGCGGGGGGCAGCAUCGUGAUCCAUUCCCCCAUGGGCCAGCCUCAUGCACCCCAAAGUCAGUUCCUCAUACCUACAAGCCUUUCCGUCAGUUCCAACUCGGUCCACCACGUCCAGACCAUAAAUGGGCAGCUUCUUCAGACUCAGCCCUCUCAGCUCGUUUCUGGCCAGGUGGCCUCGGAGCAUGUCAUGUUGAACAGGGGCUCUUCGAACAUGCUCAGGACCAACCAGCCGUACUCUGGACACAUGCUCAACAGCCAGAGCACGGCGGUCCAGUUAGUGUCCGGGCAGACGUUCGCUGCCUCUGCAAGUCCAGUCGUGGUCAAUCAUGCCUCUCCUCAGAUCGUCGGGGGACAGAUGCCCUUGCAGCAGGCGUCGCCGACUGUGUUGCACCUGUCGCCCGGGCAGAGCAGCGUUUCCCAAGGAAGACCCGCCUUCACCACCAUGCCCUCGGCGACAAGCCUGUCGGGACCCAGUCGCUUCCCUGCCGUGAGCUCAGCCAGCACCGCCCAUCCUAGUCUUGGGUCUGCGGUUCAGUCUGCGGCAUCAGGAUCGAACUUUGCGGGUGAUCAGCUGAGCCAGUCAAACAGGACUCCGGUAGCGGCCAGUGUGUCUCAUCGUCUUCCAGUUUCUUCUUCCAAAUCUCCCAGCGCCUUGAGUAACACGCCAGGAGCAGGAGCCCAGCAGCAGUUCUUCUGUCAGGUGGACGGACAUUCGGGAGGACAGAAAAGGCCCGCUGCCAAGCAGCUAACGAAAGGAGCCUGCAUUCUCCAGCAGUUACAGAGGGACCAAGCCCACGCUGUGACUCCCGACAAAAGUCAGUUCCGAUCGUUAAGCGAUGCGGUGCAGAGACUGCUCUCCUACCACGUGUGCCAGGGCUCCAUGCCCACGGAGGAAGACCUGACGAAAGUGGACAAUGAAUUCGAAACAGUUGCCACGCAGCUCCUAAAAAGGACCCAAGCAAUGCUUAACAAGUACAGAUUCCUGCUCCUCGAAGAUGCCAUGCGGAUCAACCCCUCUGCCGAGAUGGUGAUGAUCGACCGAAUGUUCAACCAGGAGGAAAGAGCGUCCCUGUCGCGGGACAAGCGGCUGGCCCUCGUGGACCCUGAGGGUUUCCAGGCUGACUUCUGUUGCUCCUUCCAACCCGACAAGGCCGCUGCAGAGCCCCAGUUCUGCAGGAGCGACCAGCACGGCAGCAGGACCCCCAGCUCGCUCCAUCUGACGGCCAAGGCCCCGGGCAGGGACCGAGCCAAAGCCGGCGUGGCAGAGCCUGCGAACCAUGACCAGUUUCCUCUAGUGCCUAAUCACAUCGUGGUCUCUGCGGAGGGAAGCAUUUCUAAAAAAGCAGAAGGCCUCGGCAGAGCACUGAAGUUGGACAAAGCGGGCUUGGUGCAGUACCGGAGCACCUCGGACGAGAAGGGCAGCCGGAGAGAGCCCCUGAAGGCCCGCGAGUGCUCCCCCGGCCCCGAGGGGCCCCGGAAGCCCUCCUGCAGGCCGGAGCCCGGCGCCGAGGGCCCGCUCGCCAGCAUCCUGGGGGAGUCCCCCUCGGAGCUGGCGUGUAACAAUUCCUUCCAGGACAGAACCUUGAGGAGUUCCCCAAAGAGCGACGUUUUACACACGGACGUCAUGAAGGGGUCCGGAGAGCCCCAGCCGGACCUCCAGCUCACCAAGAGCUUGGAAACGACGUUUAAGAACAUCUUGGAACUUAAAAAGGCCGGGCGGCCGCCCCAGAGCGAGCCCGCGGUCAGCGGCUCUGUCGAGUUAGAUUUCCCCAACUUCUCGCCAAUGGCUUCGCAGGAAAACUGCCUGGAAAAGUUCAUCCCGGACCACAGCGAAGGCGUCGUCGAAACUGACUCCAUUUUAGAAGCAGCUGUAAAUAGUAUCCUAGAGUGUUAAUAGCAGCAGCGCCCCCUGCCGCCCGCCCCGGACACGUUCCCUUCCUCCCUGGCAAAAGCAAACGGAACCGGCCUCCUGUCUCCAGCGCGCUUGACCGUUCAUCACAGGUGGUUCUUUCUAAUCUCAGUCCUGUUCCUUGUUUAAGAGCAAUACUCGUCGUGGUCACAGGGAGACCCCUGGAGCAAAACGAAUCCUUGUUAGCAAGCAGUCUGAUAGGCCCGACACAUUUCAAGUGUUCUCCAAGUGCUUAUGGUCAUUUUUUAAAUUUAUUUUAUUUUAGUUUAUUUUUUUAAACACUGUAAUUCAAUGAAACCACAGUAUGCCUGGCCCUGGGUAAAAUUUUGACAAUCAUAAGUCAUUUGAAAAAUACAGACUUAUUAAAGAAAAUCAAACAGCACUGAUAGAAGCUACUUUUUAAAAGAAUAUCCCACUGCAUCUCCAAAUUUAGCCUUUGGGGUUUUUCAGUUUUGUUCGGUUUGGUCAUCUUGACGGUUUUUUUGUUUGUUUUUUGUUGGGGGAAAGACCACGUGACUCUUCUCCCCAACCCCUCACCCCCACAGCUGGCUCUGAGCAGUUAGUUGCUGGCUGCUGGCGGCCCCUGUGGCCCCUCCCGGGAGGAGCCAGGAGCAGGGAAUCCGGGCCCCCCCGUGGGUCAUUGCAGUGCUCCCCAUGCUUUCCAGCAUCUCCGCGCUGACCUCGGGCUAGGGAGUGCUCCCUCCUUUGUUGCCACAGCAUGCUGUGAGAUCCUUCCACCAGGCUAAGGAAAGGCACAAAAAACGAGUUGAGUGGCGCAGUGUUCGGGGAGGCCGGGAGAGAGCCAUGAGGAUUCCAAUAUGUAUAUAUGUACAAGCAUACAUAUAUGUGAGCUACCGAGAAAAAAACACGAGUUUUGCAUUCUCUAAUUGGACGUAGCCAACAUCCGAUGUCUGUUUCUGUUUGUCGCUGGGUUCUGUUUCAUCUGACCUCUCUCCGCACCCUCUCCCACAACAAACAGCAGCGCGUGCGUUUGAACACUAUGUUGUAAUUUUUCAGUUUAAACUUUAAGCGGACUUUGGCCCUGUUUAUGCUUCUUCUUGUCUGCGAGCAGCAGCCGCCCCCGGCAGUAAUCAUUACCAAAACACAGACAAACCAAAGGUUACCAGCCAGCCCACCACUGAGAGGCAAGAUCUGAGACACAGGAUUCCCCUGAGAGCCAAAGGAUGCGCCCUGGCAGGGUUCAUGUUCAAGGGCCCUGUUCCCAUCCGUGAACAUCCCGGAGAGCUCUAUUGUUUGUACUUCUUUUAAGGGAGCUUUCCCAGGUUCCUUCCAUCCCAUUUCCGUUGCUACUUCCAUUCUCCAUGUUGUUGUCACCAUCACUUACCUCCUGUCACUGGGAAGGCUACCUAACAGUAUCUCAUGUGCUCCCUCCCCCCUCGAGCGUGGGCGCAUGUGUCUGAGCUGCGCGGACCCAGAGGCCACUUGGGACAGCGGGUACACACUCACUGGCCCUCUCAUCUAUUCUGCUUCUCCCCUGGCUUUAGAGCUGUACCCACCGGUCUCCACCUUAGCAUGUUGCCAGGAUCUGCUCUGGCUGUCCCCAGAUUGGGGGCACCCCCCAUUGUCAUCACGUUGGGCGUUUCUUUUCCAGAUUGGCCUACGAUGGAAAGGAAGGCUUCUGAUGAUAGAAAACAAACAGCAGCACAGAGCUGCCCCUCCCUGCCCCUCUGUCCCACCACGCAGAGAGGCUCGGUGAGACAGCCGGACUGCAUCGUAGCAACGUCCCUUCCUCCCACCCCUGUGCCCGGCUAAUAGAUAUCGGAAAAUCUGGGCCAUUUUGAGGUUACCAUUUUUUCCUUGUUUGUGCCAAUGUCCAAGUUGCAGGUUUCCCCUUUACCCUGUAUUGUAACAUAUUAGAAAGAUAAGUUGGUAUUGCCAGUUGGAAUUUUCUGUUUGGGCAGCCCUGGGGUAACACCCCGCCUGAACCCCGUGAUUUCAUAGGCUCUUCUCUUAGGGUUCAUGCUCCCCUAAUUCCUAGCAAGACCUAAAGAUGGUCCCUCCUGAUCAAAUGUUUCUCAUUGUGGAAUUUGAUGCCCAGAAGCCUUCUCAAUAGGCUGCUUGUGAAAUACAUGAAUUAUUGCGAAUCAGUGGAAUUCUUAAGAGACAAGAUAAGAUUGAUGUACAGUUGUCACUCAUCUUUGUUCCCAGCCCUGCCCUGCCCUGCCCUGCCACCCCAACCCUCGCUUUUCUAUACGCCAUCUUAACAGAGUUUCUAACCACAAACACUUGUCUAGCAAAUGGAGAGCCUAACUUACCAAAAUGAAACUUGUAAAUUUUUGUGUCCUUGUGUGUCAGUUUACUUUUUAUGGAGGAAAGACUUUAGAUAAUGACAAAUGAAGAUUACAAAAUGUACUUUACUCCUGUGAUUAGGUUAUGCGCACAUGGGUCAUGGCUCGCAUGUGGAGCGCCCUCUGGUGGAGGGUGAGAGAGCUCAGCCUUGGAUGGCCAGCAUCCAGUUGUUCAGGUUCAUUAGUCAAAGUUAAGUUUAAAACUACUUGUACUCAAUAACAAAAAUCAUUUUAUUUCUUUCUCUCUCUCUCUUUUUUUUCUGUUGUUGUUGUGGAAAAGUGUGAAUUUGUUUUAUUAAGCAUUUGAUUUUCUGUGUCCUUAAGUACUGCCUAAAGAUAAAGCAAAUUUUAAACUGGCAAUUACGAAAAAGAAAUAUUUUAGCUCUGAAGAAUUUAGUAGACUCUGUUAGAUUAGGGAGGCCUUACAGACUGACUUGACUUAAAUAAGAGGACGCGUCACUCGCUGUCAGUGUGGUGUGGGCUUUAUUUGCUUAAAUACCUUCAUUUGUAUAGUAUGUCUCACUUGAAAUUGCUUUGUAUACAUUUUGUAAAAAUAUUUAUAAAAUGUUUUGUAAAAAAAAGUAUAACAAAUUGCAGUUUAUUUUGUUAUGUUGGAUAAAUACUGUUAAAAGAAACCAGUCAGUAACUAUAUUGUUAAUCCAUGGUUAGGAAAUGUUUAGUUGGAGAUUACAAAAUGAAACAACCAUUGCAAUACAGCCAAAGAUUUGGGAAAAUGUGCAA